UCUCCUCUAGACAGGGGCAGAGUCCGUGCGUCACGCUCUCCGCUCCCUUCGAGCACUGCGUGAUUCCUUGCUCCUCCUUGACGGCCAGUCGCCGUCUCCGGAGCAGUGAGCAGGAUGGUCGGAUUCAAGCCCACUGAUGUGCCCCCAACGGCCGCGGUGAAGUUCGUGGGGGCCGGGACGGCGGCCUGCAUCGCCGACAUCAUCACCUUCCCCUUGGACACAGCCAAAGUCAGGCUGCAGAUCCAAGGCGAGACCAAGGCAGCCGGGAGCAUGAAGACUGCCCAGUACAAGGGCGUCUUUGGCACCAUAGCCACCAUGGUGAAGACAGAGGGUCCCAGGAGCCUGUACAAUGGGCUAGUGGCCGGGCUGCAGCGUCAGAUGAGCUUUGCCUCUGUCCGCAUCGGGCUGUACGACUCGGUCAAGCAGUUCUACACCAAGGGCGCAGAGCAUGCUGGCAUUGGCAGCAGGCUCCUGGCGGGAUGCACCACGGGGGCCAUGGCCGUGGCCGUGGCCCAGCCAACAGAUGUGGUGAAAGUGCGAUUCCAGGCCCAGGCCCGCACUGAGGGCGGCAGGCGGUACCAGGGCACCCUGGAUGCCUACAAGACCAUUGCCAGGGAAGAGGGGCUCCGAGGGCUGUGGAAAGGGAUGUCCCCCAACGUGGCCCGCAACGCCAUCGUGAACUGCACCGAGCUGGUGACCUACGACCUGAUCAAGGACCUGCUGCUCCGGUCCAACCUCAUGACAGAUAACCUCCCGUGCCACUUCACCUCCGCAUUCGGGGCUGGCUUCUGCACCACAGUCAUCGCCUCCCCUGUUGACGUUGUGAAGACCCGAUACAUGAACUCUGCCCCGGGCCAGUACAGCAGCGCUGUGAGCUGCGCCCUCACCAUGCUCAGGACGGAGGGGCCGCUGGCCUGUUACAAGGGGUUCAUGCCCUCCUUCCUGCGCCUGGGCUCGUGGAACGUGGUGAUGUUCGUCACCUACGAGCAGCUGAAGCGUGCCAUGAUGGCUGCCCGCGGCUCCUGGGGGGCCCCGUUUUGACCUGGGCACAGCCAAGACCUCAUCGCAGCCUCCCGCAGCGCCGCGCUCACCCUGCCUCCCCUGCUGCCUCUGCCCCCUGUCUCCGAGCUCGUUGCGGCGCCUCUUCUACACCGGGCCUGAUGACUCUGCCCUGCCAACAGGAGAAGACUGGAGCAGGGCCUCUCAUCUGGUGUGGAAGAGAAGAGCGUCCUUGCCCUGGUGGGCUUGGGCGGGAGGUUUCCUUUACGGCUUUCCUGCAGCUGGCGCAUCCCACGGGACAUUGAGUGCUGAUCUCGGCUGGGCCGAGCCCUGAGAUGUAGCGAGAGCAGAUGGGACUCAGCGUCCCAUUUCAAAGGCCGAUGCCUGCUUUGGUAACGCAGUCUGCGGGGAGCCCCUUCCCUGCCAGUUCUGUCGUGCCAAUUGCUAAGUACCGUGCCGGCCUCUCCAGACCUGAGCGCCCAGCCUCUAAGCCCCUGAAUCCCCAGUGCGGUGAGGAGAGGCAUGCCUGGUUGUAGAUCUCCCUGGAGCUCUCAUCGGGCUUCAAGCAAGGGACUUGGAGUGUCUGGAAGCCAGAAAUUAGUCCCCCCAAAUCCACCCUGAAGUAUCUGUGUACCCAGCAUGGCAAGAGGCUGCGGUGGGGCUCUGCAGAGCAGGCCGAGAUGGGACGAGUCGGAUGCUGUGGAUGGAAAACGGCAGUGGUGGGGAAGGGGCGGAAGGAUUACCAAGGCUUGGAAAGUACAAGCAAGCGUCUGACAGACCAGCCAGGCCCCGGUUUCCUCAUGCGCUUCUGGGCAGCGAGGGUGCGGAGACGGCAUCUGCCUCGCGUUGUACAUCUUAAAAUAAAGCCAAAGGUUAGGAAGCGAGGUUGCAUCCCUCUGCAGAGGGACAUGCUCGGUGCCUUGUUCAGUC